GGUGGAGACCCCUCCUCCAGCUCCUGGGAGCUGCUGGACAAUCCCAGGAGGAGGAGGAGGAGGAGGAGAAGGAGGCGCUGGCUGGGCUGCUGGAGUGACCCCCACCAGGCCGGGCCCCGCUCCCCGUGGCCUCGGGGACCGCCAUGCCCGCAGGGGGCCGGGCCGGGAGCUUGAAGGACCCCGACGUGGCUGAACUCUUUUUCAAGGAUGACCCUGAGAAGCUCUUCUCGGACCUGCGGGAGAUCGGCCACGGCAGCUUUGGGGCUGUGUACUUUGCUCGGGAUGUCCGGAGCAGCGAAGUUGUUGCCAUCAAGAAGAUGUCCUACAGUGGGAAGCAAUCGAAUGAGAAGUGGCAGGACAUCAUCAAGGAGGUGCGGUUCCUGCAGAAGCUGCGGCAUCCAAACACCAUUCAGUACCGGGGCUGUUACCUGAGGGAGCACACGGCUUGGCUGGUGAUGGAGUACUGCCUGGGUUCUGCCUCCGACCUCCUGGAGGUGCACAAGAAGCCCCUCCAGGAGGUGGAGAUCGCAGCCGUGACGCACGGGGCCCUGCAGGGGCUGGCCUAUUUGCAUUCCCACAACAUGAUCCACAGGGAUGUGAAAGCUGGCAAUAUUCUGCUUUCGGAGCCAGGGCUGGUGAAACUGGGAGACUUUGGCUCAGCCUCCAUCAUGGCGCCUGCCAACUCUUUUGUGGGCACCCCGUACUGGAUGGCUCCUGAGGUGAUCUUGGCUAUGGAUGAGGGCCAGUACGACGGCAAGGUGGAUGUCUGGUCCCUGGGGAUCACGUGCAUCGAGCUGGCGGAGCGGAAGCCACCCCUAUUUAACAUGAAUGCGAUGAGUGCCUUAUACCACAUUGCUCAGAACGAGUCCCCCGUGCUCCAGUCCGGACACUGGUCCGAGUACUUCCGGAAUUUUGUGGAUUCCUGUCUCCAGAAAAUCCCUCAAGACAGACCGACCUCGGACGUGCUGCUUAAGCACCGGUUUGUUCUCCGCGAUCGGCCUCCCACGGUGAUCAUGGACCUGAUCCAGAGGACCAAGGACGCCGUGCGGGAGUUGGACAACCUGCAGUACCGGAAGAUGAAGAAGAUCUUGUUCCAGGAGGCUCAGAACGGGCCUAGCGCCGAGGUCCCCGAGGAGGAGGAGGAGGAGCCGGAGCCGUACCUGCACCGGGCGGGGACCCUCACCAGCCUGGAGAGCAGCCACUCGGUGCCCAGCAUGUCCAUCAGCGCCUCCAGCCAGAGCAGCUCGGUCAACAGCCUGGCCGACGCCUCUGACAACGAGGAAGAGGACGAGGACGAGGAGGAAGAGGAGGAGGAAGAGGAGGAGGAGGAGGAGGACGGUCCGGAGGCCGGCGAGAUGGCCAUGAUGCAGGAGGGCGAACACACCGUCACCUCCCACAGCUCCAUCAUCCACCGCCUGCCCGGCCCGGAAAACCUGUACGAUGAUCCUUACCAGCCGGAGCCGUCUCCGGGGCCCCUCCAGCCGCCUCCUCCCCCGGCCUCCUCCUCGUCCUCCGCCCGGCGCCGAGCGUACUGUCGCAACCGGGACCACUUCGCCACCAUCCGCACCGCCUCCUUGGUGAGCCGUCAGAUUCAGGAGCACGAGCAGGACUCUGCUCUGCGGGAGCAGCUGAGCGGUUACAAGCGGAUGCGGCGGCAGCACCAGAAGCAGCUCCUGGCGCUGGAGUCCCGUCUGCGGGGCGAGCGGGAGGAGCACGGCGUCCGGCUGCAGCGGGAACUGGAGGCCCAGAGGGCCGGCUUCGGGGCCGAGGCCGACAAGCUGGCCCGGCGCCACCAGGCCAUCGGGGAGAAGGAGGCCCGGGCCGCCCAGGCCGAGGAGCGCAAAUUCCAGCAGCACAUCCUGGGCCAGCAGAAGAAGGAGCUGGCCGCUCUGCUGGAAGCCCAGAAACGCACGUACAAGCUGAGGAAAGAGCAGCUUAAGGAGGAGUUGCAGGAGAAUCCGAGCACACCGAAGCGGGAAAAGGCAGAGUGGCUUCUGCGGCAGAAGGAGCAGCUGCAGCAGUGCCAGGCGGAGGAGGAGGCCGGGCUGCUGCGGCGCCAGCGCCAGUACUUCGAGCUGCAGUGUCGCCAGUACAAGCGCAAAAUGCUGCUAGCCCGGCACAGCCUGGACCAGGACCUGCUGCGGGAGGACCUGAACAAGAAGCAGACGCAGAAGGACCUGGAGUGCGCCCUGCUGCUGCGGCAGCACGAGGCGUCGCGGGAGCUGGAGGCCCGGCAGCUGCAGGCCGUGCAGCGCACGCGGGCCGAGCUGACCCGGCUGCAGCACCAGACGGAGCUGGGCAAUCAGCUGGAGUACAACAAGCGGCGCGAGCAGGAGCUGCGCCAGAAGCACGCGGCUCAGGUCCGCCAGCAGCCCAAGAGCCUCAAAUCCAAGGAGCUGCAGAUCAAGAAGCAGUUCCAGGAGACGUGUAAGAUCCAGACGCGGCAGUACAAGGCCCUGAGGGGGCACCUGCUGGAGGGCACGCCCAAGGCCCAGCACAAAGGCCUGCUGAAGCGGCUCAAGGAGGAGCAGACCCGCAAGCUGGCCAUCCUGGCCGAGCAGUACGACCAGUCCAUCUCGGAGAUGCUCAGCUCCCAGGCGCUUCGCCUGGAUGAGACCCAGGAGUCGGAAUUUCAGACCCUGCGUCUGCAGCUGCAGCAGGAGCUGGAGCUGCUCAACGCUUACCAGAGCAAGAUCAAGAUCCGCACGGAGAGCCAGCACGAGCGGGAGGCCCGAGAGCUGGAGCAGAGGGUGGCGCUGAGGCGGGCCCUGCUGGAGCAACGGGUGGAAGAGGAGCUGCUGGCCCUGCAGACGGGACGGUCGGAGCGGAUCCGGGGGCUGCUGGAGCGCCAGGCGCGGGAGAUCGAGGCCUUCGACGCGGAGAGCAUGCGGCUGGGCUUCUCCAGCAUGGCGCUGGGGGGCAUCCCGGCCGAGGCCGCCGCCCAGGGCUACCCCGCCCCGCCGCCGGCCCCCGCCUGGCCUUCGCGCCCCGUGCCCCGCUCCGGCGCCCACUGGAGCCACGGCCCCCCGCCGCCGGGCAUGCCCCCGCCGGCCUGGCGGCAGCCCUCCCUGCUGGUGCCCCCCGGGCCGCCCACCUGGCUGGGCCCCCCGCCGGCGGCCGGGCCGCCCCGGCCCGGGGCCCUGCUGCUCCUGAGGAACAGUCCCCAGCCCCUGCGCCGGGCAGCCUCGGGCAGCGGGGACGGGGGCGGCCCGGGCCCCGGGCCCGGGGGACUCAGUCGCAGCACCAGCGUCGCCUCCCACAUCCUCAACGGCUCUUCCCACUUCUACUCCUGAGCGGCCCGGGGUUCGGGGGAGCCGGUGGUGGCAGCGGCGGCCGGUGAUCC